AUGCGCGUCCUAGACUUCCCACCUUGGAGAUUAGCCGCAUCAAUAAUAUUAACGUCCCACUCGUCAUUCGCAGAGAGACUAUGCAGUUCUCUAGGUGGCAGCCGCUACCUUAAUAAGGCAUUUAACCAUGACUACCAUAUUUUAAUGCUGAAACGACCCAACGGCAGCAGAUCGUUUGGUGGUCGCAACGUCUUCCCCGGCGGAGUAGUCUCUCCUGAAGAUUUCUCUCACAAUUGGCGAGAAGUCGUGAAACCGCCCCAGGAUAUAAGAAAGUCAAAGUUCCAACCGCAGAUUUACUCGGACGCUGAAAAGUACUAUAUGGCGAAUGAAAGCGAUUCCCUUCCUGCCAGCCAGGCCCUGAGAAUAUGUGCA